GGGCCGGUUUAAACAACCUAGCUCCAGCUAGGGUAGGGGCACGAACCUGCGUUACCGUGGUCUCUAAGGUAGCUCGGGAUCGCCCCCAAGCGCUUUUUCCCAGACAAGCAUCUUGCGGCCCAGGCCACGCAGCCCUCCCCGAGGCCAUUGGCCACAGCAAUCAACCCAGAAGUCUAGAUGGGCCCUGCGGGGGGCACGGCGAGGCCCGGGUGCUUCUUCGGCGUCUACCUGCUCUACUGCCUCAACCCUCGGCACCCGGGUCGCGUCUACGUCGGGUUCACAGUCAACCCUGCUCGUCGGGUCCAGCAGCACAACGGGGGCCGCAAAAAAGGCGGGGCCUGGCGCACUAGCGGGCGCGGGCCUUGGGAGAUGGUGCUCAUCGUGCACGGCUUCCCUUCCGCUGUGGCCGCCCUUCGGUUCGAGUGGGCCUGGCAGCACCCUCACGCCUCGCGCCGCCUGGCACACGUGGGUCCGCGCCUGCGCGGCGAGGCGGCCUUCGCGUUCCACCUGCGCGUGCUGGCGCACAUGCUGCGCGCGCCGCCCUGGGCGCGCCUCCCGCUCACCGUGCGCUGGCUGCGCGCCGACUUCCGCCGUGAUCUCUGCCCGCCGCCGCCGCCGCACGUGCCGCUGGCCUUCGGGCCUCCGCCGCCGCGGGCCCCUGCCCCUAGGCACCGCGCCGUUCCCUUUGCCGACUCCGAGCCCACGCAGGACCAGGACGCCAAGGCCCGCUGCACCCUGUGCACGCGUGCACUCCAGGAUGAAGAGCACCCUCUGUGUUGCCCCCACCCUGUCUGCCCCCUAAGGGCCCAUGUGAUCUGCCUUGCAGAGGAGUUCCUGCAGGAGGAGCCAGAGCAGCUUCUGCCCCUAGAGGGCCAGUGCCCUGCCUGUAAGAACUCACUGCUGUGGGGAGAUCUGAUCUGGCUGGGUCGGAUGGGCACCGAGGAGGAGGACGACGACUUGGAAUCAGAAGAGGAGCACUGGACAGACAUGCUGGAGAUCUGAAGCUCAGCAUCCCCAACCCACUCCUUUUCUGUGCCAUCCCUGCAGCCCAGUGACAAGUUCUGCAUUCACCACACUGCACCUGCGCCAAGCCACAGCACAGCGAGCUGGUCACAAGGCCACAAUCAGAGAGAUCAG